AUGUGCAGGAAUCCAGGUGCAUUUUUACCUGCUCCUGAUAGCAUGUUGUAUAUUUGUUGUAUCUCUGCUGAGAACUCGAACUUUGGACUCUUGGUCUUGUUUCUUUGGGUUUGGAGAUCUGCUGAAACAGAAGUGAUUGGCAUAAUAGGAAGCAGUGUUGAAUUGCAAUGCUGUUAUCCAGAAGAAGAAUCAUUAAACUACAAUAGGAAUCGAAUAUCAUGGCAAAUAAAAGACAGGUUUUCAUGCUUUGUAGCUGGCUAUUUUCCUAAUGAAAAUAUGGAAAAGUACCAGUGUGAAGAAUUCAAACGACGGACUCUGUUAAAUGAGCCCAAACAAGGCAGUGCUUCUUUGCAGCUGUCAAACAUCAGGAUAGCAGAUGAAUUUAUCUAUCAUUGCAUAAUACAGAAAAAUAUAAAUGGACAGUUUAAACUCAUUCAUAAUGAAUCCAUAUCGCUCAAAGUGGCAGCCGGUUACAGCAAACCAGUAAUAACAGGCCCUGUGCAGCUCGGAGAAGAAAUGAUGUUUAUGUGCAAUUCAAGCCAUGGCUAUCCUGAACAAAGGCUUUAUUGGGUAAAUGAAAUGGACAACAGCACCAUGAACGUAACGGUGCAAUUCACCAAAGAGCUUGAUGGGUCUUUCAGUGUAUUCAGUACAUUGAAGAUGAAAAUGGCUUCUGAUAUAAAGUUAGGAUGUAUAAUUGAGCAUAAGCAACUGCAUCAAAAUAUUACUACUACAAUUGAUUUAAAGAAUUCAACAAACAGCCCUAUAAUGUAUAACGAACAUCAUGAAAGAGCUGCAGCCUUCAGCAUUCCUGUUGCUGUUUUCAUAAUUAUAAUUUUUAUUGCAUUCUUAAGCUGGAAAAUAUAUAAACGUUCUCUUCAAACAACUUAUAUUGGCUUUCUUGUUUAUAUAAGCUUUCCUUUAGCCAGCAACAGCCUGAAGCUGUGGCUGCCAGCAAUCCAACUUAUAAGGAGGGUUUCCCAGGUAGGAAUCUACAUCAAUUUACUGGCCCGUUGUAUUUUCCUCUAUAGCAAUUAA